AUGUCCAGCCUUCAGACCAGCAAAGACACACGAGGAAAUAACCCAGACCAGGACAAGGAGGAGUUUCUUAGGCCUGCGUGUCCUCUGGUCACCCUCUGCCACCUGGCCCAUGUCAUGCAGCAAGGAGGAAAUCCUGCGGUUCUCCAUGGCGAUGUGGAAGCUGGAAUGCCUUGGGCCAACUGCGCGGAGAGCAGUGGGGAUCCUCAGCCCAGGGGCAAGUCCCAUGGUUUUGGGAACAAGGGCUUGGUUCUCCAAGGCUUGUACGUCGUCAAGGCCGUGGUCGCGGGGCUCCAGCCGGGCUUGUGGAGAGGAAACGUCCCCCCAAAAGCUCUUCGGCAAAUCAACCCUGAAGAAUGUGGCUGCCUGUCACUCCCCAUCCCCGAGAUGGAUGCCCGUGUGCCAGCGCAGGGCACGCUGCUGUCACGUGCUGCUGGCAGGAAUCGAGGUCUCAGGCCGUCCCUCUCGCUGUCAGCAGAAGUGGUGCCAGCAGAGUCCCACCGUGCUAAGAGAGACCUCAGUCCCCUUGGUCACCGGCCUCACCAGAGCGCAAAGCAGCCCCAAGAAGAGCCCGCAGCCAGCUCUCUAGGACAGGUUAAAUUUAACCCCACGGUGGGACACAUUGUGAUUAACGAGCACAAAGAUGUCACGUUCAAUUGCUCCAUCAAAGUGCCUCAUCGGCUGGCCAGGCCAGACGCCCCCGGCAUUUCCUUGUGGAAGGACGGGCGCGAGCUGCACGCGCUGGACCGCAUUGCCACCAGCCACUUCGAGAUCUCCGACGAGGACGAGGUGGCCAUGACCUCCACCUUCAGCAUCCAUGCUGCCCAGCGCUCGGAUAACGGCUCCUACGUCUGCAAACUCAACGUCUCCGAUGUGGAGAUUGUAUCCGAUCCCAUCUUCGUGCAGCUGGAAGGGCUCCCACACUUCAUUCGUCAGCCCGAGAAGCUGAACGUCACCAAGAACAGCCCUUUCAACCUCACGUGUCAAGCCGUGGGCCCGCCGGAGCCUGUGGAGAUCUACUGGUUUCGGAACAACAUCCGAGUCAAUGCAAAGCCUCACGUCUCCCCGUCCGUGCUGACCGUGCCAGGUCUUAACGAAACAGCACUGUUCAGCUGUGAGGCUCACAACAGGAUCCCAUCUGCACCCACCAGCGUGCACGUCCUGAACAGAACAGCCCACAGCAUCGCGGUGUCCUGGGUCCCAGGCUUUGAUGCAUUCUCUGCUUUUAACAACUGCAGCGUCCAG